GGGAAUUUUUUCGUUCCCUGCGGAUAGAAAAUAUUUACUACAUUUUCUUGUUCAAAUCAUCGACUUUUCAGUCCAAAAUUAUCUGUGAUAAUUCUCCGCAGUAGUGUGUCACCCGGAAUCAGUAAAAAAAUAAGCCCAUGGUGUACUAUCGUUAAUAUUGCACGUACUGCACAUUAGAAUAGCAACAAAAAUCUGGGCAAGCAAUUAAAAAAUCACAGCAGCAAAAUGAGUUCGACAGGUGUUUUGCCAUUUGUUCGAGGAAUCGACUUUACCAGUAAUAAUUUCUGCGAUGGAAAAUUUCCUAAAAACAUUAAACACAUGUCCGGUGUCCAGUGGCUCAAAUUGGAUCGAACCGGAAUCGAUGAGAUUCCGGAAGAGAUGGGUAAGCUUAUGAAACUGGAGCAUCUCUCGAUGAAGAACAAUCAACUAGAGAAACUUUUCGGAGAACUGACUGAGCUGAAUUGUCUGCGAUCGCUGAAUAUGCGCAGAAAUAACAUCAAGAGCUCGGGAAUCCCCAACGAACUGUUUGAUUUGGAAGAACUAACGACGCUUGAUUUGUCGCACAAUAAACUGAAAGAAGUUCCAGAAGGACUCGAAAAAGCUAAAAGCCUUUUAGUGCUCAACCUUAGCAACAACCAGAUUGAAAGCAUUCCGCCUUCUCUUUUUAUAAAAUUGACCGACUUACUGUUUCUAGAUCUUUCCAACAACAAACUUGAGACACUUCCGCCUCAAACCCGACGCCUUUCAAAUCUGCAAACUUUAAUUCUCAACGACAAUCCUUUGGAAUUAUUUCAACUUCGCCAACUGCCUUCUCUGCAAAAUUUAAUCUGCCUUCAGAUGCGCAACACACAAAGGACAAUCGCCAACUUUCCAACUUCGCUGGAUAGUCUUUCCAAUUUACAAGAGCUGGAUCUCUCUCAAAACUCUCUGUCCAAAAUUCCAGAUGUUCUGUAUAAUUUGUACAACCUAAAGCGGCUAAAUUUAAACGACAACGUUAUUCAGGAAAUUUCACCACUAAUGGAAAAUCUGUCCAAAUUGGAAACGUUGAAUUUGUCUAGAAACCAUCUGAUGACCUUACCUGCCACGCUGUGUAAACUACAGAACCUGCGUCGAUUGUAUGUAAAUGAUAAUCAACUAAACUUCGAAGGAAUCCCAUCCAGCAUUGGGAAGCUGGGCGCUCUGGAAGUGUUUUCGGCUUCAAACAACCAACUGGAGAUGGUUCCGGAGGGUCUGUGCCGCUGUGGUUCGUUGAAAAAACUGAACCUUAGCUCCAACAAGCUCAUCACGCUUCCAGAAACUAUCCACCUGCUAACCGAUAUGGAUCAGUUGGAUUUACGCAACAAUCCUGACUUAGUAAUGCCUCCAAAACCGGUGGAAGUUCAGCGCGGCGACGGUCUUGCCUUUUAUAAUAUCGAUUUUUCAUUACAAACUCAGCUGCGUUUAGCAGGCGCCAACGUACCAGCUCAGGCUCAGGUUGCCAACAGUAGCAAAGAUCCCAUCGCCAGGAAAUUGCGAUUACGACGAGGAGCGAGAAACGAUUCUGCGGAUCAAGAUUCCGCUAAAAUUCUCAAAGGCAUGCAGGACAUUGCCAAGGAGAAGAAUGCCUUCGGCUUCGAAGAUGAGAAAGCGGAGAAUUUGAAGCCGAAACGUUGGGACGAGUCACUGGAAAAACCUCCGGUUGAUUAUUCGGAUAUUUUCGAGGAAGAAGAUGGACAAUACGUGGGUCUGACGAUUUGGGAGAUUGAAAACUUUUUACCGAAUAAAAUUGAAGAAGCGGCUCACGGAAAGUUUUACGAAGGUGAUUGCUAUAUUGUACUGAAAACUACGCACGAUGAUGCUGGACAGCUGAGCUGGGAGAUUUAUUUCUGGAUAGGAACGAAGGCAACUUUGGAUAAGCGAGCUUGUGCUGCUAUCCACGCUGUUAACUUGAGAAAUUAUCUUGGAGCCCGCUGUCGCACGAUUCGAGAAGAACAAGGAGAUGAAUCGGAUGAGUUUUUGGCACUUUUUGAUACGGAGGUGGCCUACAUUGAGGGCGGUCGAACUUCAACCGGAUUUUACACCAUCGAAAAUCUGGUCUACAUUGUGCGACUUUACAGGGUGCACGAUGCUGGAGCAAACAUUCAUUUGGAGCCGGUUGAAGUCUCGCAUGAGUCGCUGGAUCCUGGUUAUGUUUUUCUUCUGGAUACAGGACUUCAGAUUUUUAUGUGGUAUGGCACAAAAUCCAAGAAUACCCUUAAGUCUAAGGCACGAUUAACGGCAGAAAAAAUCAACAAAAACGAACGUAAAAAUAAGGCAGAAAUCUUCCAAGAGUAUCAAGGGAGUGAAGGAACGGAGUUCUGGAAGGCUCUUGGCUUCCCGAACGGGCAAAGUCCUGAGGAAAAACCGGAAUCUCACGUUGAUCCUGAUUUCCUUCCGAUUCCUCCUCGGUUGUAUCAAAUCCAGUUGGGCAUGGGUUAUCUGGAGCUACCGCAAGUUGAACUACCAAGUCGAACGCUUCACCACUCGAUUCUCAACAGCAAAAAUGUGUACAUCCUCGAUUGCUAUCUGGAUCUGUUCGUCUGGUUCGGUAAGAAAUCCACUCGGCUGGUCCGUGCUGCUGCAAUAAAAUUGUCACAAGAGUUGUUCAAUAUGAUCGAACGCCCGGAGUAUGCGUUGAUCACUCGCGUCCAAGAAGGUACGGAGACGCAAGUUUUCAAAUCCAAAUUCGUCGGUUGGGAAGAAAUCAUUGCCGUAGAUUUCACCCGUACGGCUCAGUCGGUUGCACGCACCGGAGCCGAUCUUACCGGUUGGGCUAAGAAACAGGAAACGAAAGCUGAUCUCGCAGCGCUUUUCAUGCCCCGGCAGCCAGCAAUGACCCUGAUGGAAGCGCAGCAGUUGGCAGAUGACUGGAAUUACGAUUUGGACGUUAUGGAAUCGUUCGUUUUAGAGGGCAAAAAAUUUGUUCGGCUCCCGGAAGAGGAAUUGGGCAUAUUUUACACCGGCGAAUGUUAUGUUUUCCUCUGCCGGUAUUGUUUACCAGUGGAUGACGACGACGAAGAAGAAGAGGAAGGUGACGUAGUGGACAGCAUGGCCGUUAAUAAUAAACUGAAAAAAUCGACGGCUGCACCCGCGGAAGAGAUCCAGUGCGUGGUGUACUUCUGGCAGGGACGUGAAGCCGGCAACAUGGGAUGGUUGACCUUCACUUUCACGUUGCAGAAAAAGUUUAAAUCCAUGUUCGGUGAGGAACUGGAAGUGGUCCGAAUUCACCAGCAGCAAGAGAAUUUGAAGUUUAUGUCUCAUUUCAAGGGGAAAUUUGUGAUUAAAAAUGGCCGACGCAAAGAGAAACAGAAAACUCCGGAAGGUAAAUCGCCAGUGGAAUUUUAUCAUCUGCGGUCGAACGGAAGUGCUCUUUGUACUCGGCUAAUUCAAGUGAAGGCCGAAGCCACAGUACUAAACUCCGCCUUUUGCUAUAUUCUGUUCGUUCCGUUCGAAACUGAGGACGAUUCCGAAUCGGGAAUAUUGUACGUUUGGAUUGGAUCUAAAACAUCGACCGAAGAAGCUCGCCUUAUUCAAGAGAUUGCUGAGGAUAUGUUCAAUAAUCCUUGGGUCAGCUUUCAGAUAUUGCAUGAAGGAGAAGAACCAGAAAACUUCUUCUGGGUAGCCCUGGGCGGUCGCAAGCCGUACGACACCGAUGCUGAAUACAUGAAUUACACCCGGCUAUUCCGCUGUUCCAACGAGAAAGGUUACUUCACGGUGGCUGAAAAAUGCUCCGAUUUCUGUCAGGAUGAUCUGGCCGAUGACGACAUUAUGAUCUUGGAUAACGGAGACCAAGUGUUCUUGUGGUUAGGUUCUCGCUGCAGCGAGGUGGAAAUCAAGCUAGCCUACAAAUCAGCACAGGUUUACAUUCAGCAUAUGCGCAUCAAACAACCGGAACGGCCUAGAAAACUGUUUCUCACCUUGAAAAACAAAGAAUCGAAACGAUUUACAAAAUGCUUCCACGGAUGGAGUGCGCACAAACGUCCCCCAGAGUAAACUGUAAAAAAUUGUGCGGUCCAAGAUGUGAAAUUUUAUCAAAAUAGGCUAACUGUACUUAUUUUUUGUCGUACUAAGAUUUUGUUUUAUUCAUCUCUUCCAAACAAUGACUAACGUGUGCACUUGAAGAUCUCUUCACAACGCUACUGCUACACUGGUUUGUAGAGAUAGUUGGCUUUACUAAUCAACUAAGUGCGACUGUACGAGAUAAAUAGUGCGAUAAUUUUUUUUAAAGCUACAUUUAUUGAAACAAGCUGUCUUCGAAUAAUCGUUUAUUUUGUGAUUUAUUAUUUCGUUAGUUUCUUCGCUAUUUAUAUUCAACAGGAAAUAGAAGUGAACUACAAAGCAAACCUAGACUCUCCAGGCUGUAGUUAUUUUUUCACUUUGACUCGUUUUAGAUUUCAUUCGGUUUAAUAUAAUAAAAAUAUUUACAAAUGUAUAAACGAUAACACUAGUUCUCAUAAAUAAACUACAAUUUAUG